AAAACAUCAAGAGAGUUAGGUUGUGUCAACAACUCGGCAGCCAACGCAUAGAACACUUAAUUGAAUGAUUUUUUCUAAUUUUUCGUUAGUAAUUUAUCUGCCAAGUUAUUUGUUAUUUAGUUACUUUUGUUACUUAGUUUUUACUAUGCUAAUUUACGUUAAAUGAAGCAUAUUGUUUAGCAUUUCCUUUCGGAAAUAAGACGCUUCUUAUUGCUCCGAUUC